CUGUCCCUCAUACUUAAGAGAACGCGAUGUAUAUAAACCUUACGAUCAAACACAUCGUUACAAUGAACGGGCUAUUAUUUACGACGAUUUUGAUGAUUUAGAUGAUUUAGAUGAAUAUGAUGUGGUUUACCCGGUUUACCCUGACGAUGAUUUAGAUGAAUAUGAUGUGGUUUACCCGGUUUACCCUGAUGAUGAAUACGAUGUGGUUUACCCGGUUUACCCUGAUGAUGAUUUUUUUGAUGACGACUUAUUAGUUUACCCUGAUGACGAAUUAUUAGUUUACCCUGAUGAUGACUAUUUGGAUGACGAUGACAUAUUAGUUUUAAGGGAUGAAUAUGGUGGAUCCGGAAUACGUGGAUACGGUGGAUACGGUGGAUACGGUGCCAUGAAAAAGAAUAUUUUCA